AUGACCAAUAGCACCAAACCCCCAAUGAAUGGUUUUUGCAAUGAGACCCAUCAAGAGCCCUGUCUGUAUGAGCCCAUCGCAAUCAUAGGCAUGGGCAUGAGACUCCCAGGACGCGUCCAUAACGCUACCGACUACUGGGACCUCCUCGUCAACGGCAGAAGCGGACGCUGUCGAGUUCCAAAGAGUCGUUACAACAUCGACACCUGGUAUGGCAGUGGAAAAGCUGCCCACGUUCCCAGCGAGUUUGGCUAUUUUCUCGAUGACAUCAACCUGGCCCAUGUAGACCCAAGCUUCUGGUCUUUCACAAAGCAGGAGGCCGAACUCAUGGACCCCCGGCAACGUCUAUUCCUCGAAGUUGCUUAUGAAGCCCUUGAGAAUUCAGGUUCCACGAGAUGGAGAGGCUACGAUGUUGGGGUCUACGUUGGAACCAUGGGAGAAGACUGGAGUCAGCUGGAGUCUCGCGACAGUCAAAGCCUCCAACAGGUUCGACCUGAUGUGUAUGGAGACUAUAUCAUUGCCAAUCGGGCGUCGUAUGAGUUUGAUCUUACAGGACCGAGCGUCGUUGUUCGAACUGCAUGUUCCGCAUCUCUUGUUGCACUGCAUCAGGCAUGCCAAGACCUCCACAGCGGAGACUGUUCAUCUGCCAUAGUUGGGGGUGUCAACCUCAUCCUCAGCCCUAAGGACACCAUUAUAAUGCAGCAAAACGGAGUGCUGUCUCCGUCAGCAGCAUGCAAAAGCUUCGACGCCGAAGCCGAUGGAUUUGCACGCGGUGAAGGCGUCUCUGCCAUUUACAUCAAGAAGGUGUCGGAUGCAGUACGCGAUGGCGAUCCUAUCAGGGCAGUUAUUCGGUCAACCUGCACUGCGGGAAAUGGCAGAACCCUAGGACUGACGACGCCGAACCCUGAAAUACACGAAAGGCUCAUGAGAAGGGGACACAAGAUGGCUGGGAUCACCGACUUGUCCAAGACCGCGAUGGUAGAGUGUCACGGAACUGGUACUUUUGUUGGGGAUCCCCUGGAAGUCAGUGCAGUGGCCAACGUCUGGGGUGAUCACGGUAUCUAUAUCGGCUCAGUCAAGCCAAACAUCGGUCACGGCGAAGGGGCUUCUGGGCUCUCCAGCGUGAUCAAGAUGGUUCUGGCAUUGGAGAACUCCACCAUACCACCAAACAUCAACUUCAAGACUCCUAAUCCUCAAAUUCCAUGGAAGAGUGCCAAACUCAGAGUUCCCACAGAGCCUAUACCCUGGCCAACUGGUAAAGAUCAGCGGGUCUCAAUCAACAGCUUUGGUAUCGGUGGUUCGAAUGCUCAUGUGUUGCUGGAAUCUGCCUCAUGCUUUGGCAUAUCAACUUCCAGUCUAACGAACGGCCUGAGCGCAGGAACUAACGUUCCAAAACACCAACUCUUGCCACUUUCCGCCACACAUCCUGAGUCAAUCAGUGCUAUGGGCCACAAGAUUCAGAGUUAUUUGAGUCACAACCCUGCAAGCUUGGGCGACGUCGCACACUCGUUAGCAUCUCACCGAGAGACACACCCAUAUCGAGCUUUCUGUGUGACCGACGGUAGCAAUCCCUUUCAGGUUUCAUCAGUUGUUAAAGCAACACCGGCCUCGCCAGAUGUAGUCUGGGUAUUUACGGGUCAAGGAGCCCAAUGGGCUCAAAUGGGCAAAGAACUUCUAGAGCAAGAGGGGUUGUUCAAAGACAGGAUCGAUGCCAUGGGUGGAGUUCUUGCAGGUCUUCCAGAUCCUCCACCAUGGACACUACGAGAAUUACUAUCUGCCCCGAAAGGAGAGAGCCGCCUCCAUGAAGCAGAGUUUUCGCAGCCAUGCUUAGUUGCGAUCCAAGUCGCGCUCGUCGACUUACUUCGCUCAUGGGACGUUACGCCAGCUGCAGUAGUGGGCCAUUCUUCCGGCGAGACCGCUGCUGCCUAUGCGGCUGGUGCAAUUACAGCUGAAGAGGCUAUUUUGAUCGCCUAUCACCGCGGUCAGAUCACUCGUCUCAUCAAAGCUGCACACAACGGCAGCAUGGCAGCAGUUGGUCUCGGCAGGAAACAGAUUGAGCGGUUUCUUCGCCCAGGUGUCAUCAUCGGCUGUGAUAACUCUCCGUCCAAUGUCACGCUGUCAGGCGAGAGCGAUGUUCUUGAGGAGAUUCUGCUGGAGCUCAGCUCUAAGCACCCGGAUGUUCUCGCCCGGAAGCUCCGCGUUGAGUGCGGAUACCACUCUCGUGAGUUCAUGUCAUACCGCUCCCGGUUUCGUAUCGUGAUCGCCGGACUGAUAUCUGCCACAGAUCAUAUGAAGACCGCCGCCGCAGGUUUUACAUCCCGUCUGGAGGGACUGCUUCAGAACAAGAAGCCGCGAAUCCCGUUCUAUUCGUCUGUGACAGGAGAGAAGAACACAGACAUGUCUCAUACAUACUGGGUUCUCAACGUCAUCUCGCCUGUUCUGUUCAAUACAGCGGUACAGGGAGUCCUAGACGAUUUCAAAUCUCCAAUUUUCGUCGAGAUUGGCCCUCACUCCGCCCUUGCCGGGCCUAUCCGUCAAAUCCUGAACUUCAAUGACAUGCCUGCCCAAUACAUACCGACGCUGGUGCGCAAUCAGGAUGCCGUUUCAGCCGUUCUGAAGACCGGAGGGGAGCUCUGGUUGGCUAGCAUCAAUAUCAAUAUGACUGCCGUCAACCCACCUGGACAGCUUCUAACAGAUCUUCCGACAUAUCCAUGGCACUACGAUGAGGAGUUUUGGCAAGAAAGUAGACUUUCUCGCAGUUGGCGCUUCAGAACUUUCGACCAUCACGAACUUCUCGGCUCUCGCGUCGAAGAGAUUUCGGACGCCUGCCCCGCUUGGAGGUGUAUUCUACGGCUUGAGGAUGUUCCAUGGCUGCAGGAACACGUCAUCCGGGACAACAUCACACUUCCUGCCUCUGGUUUCAUUUCCAUGAUAGGAGAGGCUCUGAGGCAGCUUCACGGGUCCGUGGACUUUACACUGGAAGCUGUGUCCAUGGAGGCAGCUUUGGUUCUCGAUGAAAAGCCAGUCGAGGUUGUGACGAUACUGAAUCCGUCAAAGUCAAAGACUUCGAGCAACAAGAGCGUUUACGAUUUCUCAAUAUCCUCACUUGUAGAUGGGAGUGAAGUAUGGGUCAGCCAUGUCUUUGGCCAGUGCAAACCCGGCUCAGAUCGGAGGCAUGCUGUCCCUGACAUGCCUAUCCUACCACGUCAAGCUUCAGGAAAUUCAUUCUACAACACUUGGAAAAGACAUGGUCUGAACUACGGUUCCAACUUCAGGGGCUUGUCCAACGUCAUUUCACAUGUUAGGGAAGCCAAGGCUUUUGCAACACUGGAUGGCAAGCUCGCAGGCUACACCAAUUCGCCCUAUUCGAUUCAUCCAGUUACUCUCGACACAAGCAUGCAUGUGGCAAUGAUAUCCGAGGCCCAUGGUCUGGAGCGAAACUUCCAAGGUCUAGUUGUUCCCACUUACAUCCAAGAGGUGUAUGUUGCUCGACCAACCGGACAGAUCAAUGUUGUCGCUAGUGCCGAUAACGAGGCUGAAGUAAUUGCCAAGAGCAAUAUUGUUGGAAUUUCCGAUGGACAAGUCGUGAUCAAGAUCUCUGGCUUAGAGGUCACUCAACUCUGUGGAGUUACCAGUGACCAAGAAGCAGAUGAUCCUCACGCUGGUGUCGUUUUGAAGUGGAUGCCAGACAUUAACUUCACGAAGCUGACUCAACUAUUCCGCCGUCGGGAAAUGGAUGCCAGUUUCAACGUUUUGAAUGAACUGGUUUUGGCCUGCAUCGUUGAUCUGAGAACUCAGCUUCAGUUUCUUCCUGCCACCCAACCUCACUUUGUGAACUACAAGAGUUGGCUUGAUGCGUCAUAUCGCAAGGCUAUGACUGGGCGGUACGCAGAUGUCCUCAACGCUUUCGACAUCGCAACGAUGAAUCACAAGGCAAGGCUCGAGGCUAUCGGUAAAAUGGCAGAGUCUUGCAAGCGGACUCCUGCGUUGGACGCCUCUGUGUCGAUCUUCCGCGUGCAUACCUUUGGCGCAGACUGCUUCUCCGGAUUGCCCCAUGCGAUGAAGCCACUCGCACAGCCCAGCCAUUUCGAUGGAGUUGCCAACCUCAUAGCUGACGUAGACUUCACCGACUUUGUUCGACUUCUAGGGCACAAGAACCCAGGGUUGAGAGUUUUACACAUAGGCGCGAGAGAGAGCGAUGACUUGCUAUCAAAGUUAUUGUGUUCCAAUGACAUCAACGUUCCAUAUGGUAGCUACGUUUAUACCGGCGCUUUCUCAAAACCGCCGAAUUCUUUGAGAAACCGUUUCGAGUCAGCACCGGCUGUUACCUACAAGCAGUUCGUGAUGGACGUAGAUCUAUCAUCGCAGGGCUUCUCGGAAGAAUCAUUCGAUCUCAUCAUCUCCGAACCUACGCUAUUCUCUUUCUCGAACGCCUCCAUAAUCAACAUGCGAAGACUGCUUAGUCCGCGAGGUCAUCUGAUUCUUCAACAUGCGAACCCCGAAUCCAACCUUCUUCGAUUCGCAUACGGGCUAUCUACUAACUUCGAUUUCGGCUACGGCUCCCUGGGCAGUCCUGACAUAUUGCUGAACCAACUAAGUCACGCUGGCUUCGACAAUGCCUCAACCUUUACCUUCGCAGGAGAGCAUGGUAGGGUCACUGUCGCCACACCAUUUGCUGACUUCCCAAAAAUGAGCAAGGCCAGCAUCAUCUGUCAAGACCCAAGUCAUCAUCUGGUUGUUGCAGCAACCAGCAACUUAGAAUCCCGCGGUAUUUGCCCACAGUUCUUUUCCCUUGGGCAGGAGCUGCCCCAUGGUCAGGCCGUCGUGUGUUUGUUAGAUCUGGAAGGCCCCUUCCUUCAUGACAUGGAUAGCAUCCAGUGGGAAAACCUUAAGAAGUCUUUGUCUUCUGCGCAGGAUGAGAGAUUCCUUUGGAUCACUGCAGCCUCUCAAAUUCAAUGCAAAGACCCAAGGUACUCUUUGACACUGGGUGUGACCCGCAGCAUCCGGAGAGAAUUGUCGAUUGACCUAGUCACCCUUGAACUGGAAUCUUACGACGGUAGCGGAUGGAAUGCCAUGACCACUGUCUUCGAGUCUCUUGGCGACCGAAGCAGCAUUGACGGCACUAAGGCGGAUUCUGAAUAUGUCAGCUCCGGGGGGUUGAUUCAAAUAUGUCGGUUCCAUUCUGUCAAGGUUUCCGACGACCUACGCCAGCGAUGCGAGGGUGCACCCAAGGUCUUGAGGAUGAAGAAGCCCGGAAUUUUGCAAUCUUCAACAUGGGAAGAGUCAGAAGCCACGACGCUGAGCGAUGAUCGUGUGGAAGUCUCAGUGAAAGCUGUCAGUCUGAACGCAGAGGACUCAAAAUUCUCAUCGGGUCACUUAAAAGACAGCAGCAGCGCUUGCGCCAAAAUUGGCCUUGAAGGUAGUGGUGUUGUGACAGCUGUCGGGCCAAAGGCCUGUCGAUUCCGAGUGGGUGAUCGUGUUGCGUUUAACCUCUGUAGCUCCUUGGCCACCACAAUCAUCGUCCCGGAGUCUCUUUGUGCAGAUAUUCCACACGAAAUGACAUUUGAAGAGGCUGCUUCGUAUCCUUACUCUUAUAGCACGGUGCUUUAUGGACUUAUGGAGCUUGGCAGGUUGAGGAAGAACCAGACUCUUCUGAAUCAUUCAACGCCAGGUGCUCUUGGUUUAGCUGCUAUCCAAGUCGCAAAAAUGGUCGGUGCAGAGAUGUUCUGCACGACGGAGAAUGCGACACAAGCCCGAUAUCUGCAGAAGUUGUACGGUAUUCCGAGCAACCGUAUCUUAAGCUCCGAUAUCACCUCAUUGGUGCCUGAGAUCCUACACGAGACAAAUAGCCGGGGUGUGGACAUCGUCUUCAGCACGCGUCCUGAAUCUAUGCAGGAGAGCUGGGCAUGUCUCAAGCCGUUUGGAACGAUGGUACAAGUACGACAUGGUGGAGAUCAAAUGGCGGAUGCUUUGAAGAGUUGCCGCAACCGAACUUUGGUGAACAUUGACCUCGAGGAAAUGAGAGUUCACCAGCCCGAGGAGAGUACUCGUCUUCUGGAGCAGGCAUUCUUGUUUCACAAGUUUGGACUCAAUAAGCCCUCGCAGCCCAUCACAGUCUUUCCAGCUUCUGACAUACUGUCAGCUUUCAAGUACUUGCAAAGUGAAUGGCGUAUCGGCCAAGUUAUUAUCAAGAUGCCCGAGAGCAACAUAGAGCUCCAAGCUCUUCCCUUACGACAAAGGUUAUCUCUCCGUUCGGAUAGAACCUAUGUCAUCGUCGGCGGUCUUGGAGGAUUGGGUCAAGCCACCGGAAGAUUCCUCAUCGAAAAGGGGGCUCGUCAUUUGAUAUUCUUUUCCAGAUCUGCCAAAGAUGUCGCCCACUCAGCAUAUUUCAAGGAGCUUGAAUUUCUAGGCUGCACGGUUCAAGCCGUUUCUGGUAGUGUCAACGAGAUGACGGAUGUGGUGAGGAUGGUUGACUCAGCAACUACUCCAAUUGCUGGGGUGUUGCACGCUGCAAUGGUACUUCAGGAUGUUCACUUCGCCGACAUGACUUUUGAGCAAUGGCAGACUGCCGUCUCACCAAAAGUACAAGGAACUUGGAAUCUCCACUACGCUCUCCAAGCACAGAGAGAUCCUCUUGACUUCUUCUUUCUCUUCAGCUCCCUCUCGGGUUUGGGAGGACAGAUUGGACAGGCCAAUUAUGCUGCUGGGAACGCAUUCCUCGAUGCAUUUGUUCAGUACCGGCAUUCUCAGGGUCUAGCAUGUUCCGUACUUGAUAUUGGCAUCAUGGAAGACAUCGGUGUUCUUGCCAGGGAGACCAAUCGCCUCGAAGCUCUUCGCUUAACUUCUCAGCAUUGCCUUCAUGAACAGGACCUCCUUGAUGCCAUGGAGUUGAUGAUUGAGAGAUCUCAAGCGAAGAAGAGGACUCAUACGCACCCCUUACUGCAUUCGAUGGAAGGCUACUCAAAUCCGAGUCAGCUUGCCAUCGGAAUGCGGUCUUCGUCUUCCAUAAACAGAACCGGUUGGCAGCAAGAUCCACGGGCCGGAUUCCUAGCAAAGACUGUGUCUGUAGACGGUCCUAUCGAUCAGCACACAUCAGAAAGUACUCUGAAAAAUUAUCUUCAGAGAUGUGUGUUAGAUCCCUCACGGCUGGAAUCAGACGAGGCGAAACACUUCCUGGCUGGGGAGAUUGGUGCAGCAUUGCGGGGCUUCAUGAUGCGACAAGAUGAGGACGUCGACCUGACAAUUCCGCUGCAAACGGAUUCCUUGGUCACAGUUGAGCUUCGAAACUGGCUGAGACAAAAAGUUGGUGUAGUCCUCAAUGUUCUCGAGAUGAAGAGUGCAGCGAGUGUGAUCGCGCUGGGUGGUUUGGUGGCGAUGAGACUUUCGGCCGUGUACAGAAAUCGUAUGCAAGAUGUGGGCAUCAGUUGA